UGUUACUCACAAAUUUAUUAAUACCAGCAAGGAAGAUGAAAUUCGUUACAAGAUUCGCUUGACUUCUUCUUUAGAUGUUGCAAGAUAUCUCAUUGAGCAAGGUGAUGCUUUCCGUGGACAUGAUGAGUCUAAUACUUCUAUCAAUAAGGGUAAAUUUAGAGAGAUGAUUGACUGGUACAAAGACAAGAAGAAGAAUGUUAAGGAUGCAUAUGAGAAAGGUUCUACACGGUGUCAAAUGAUAUCUCAUCAUAUUCAGAAGGAUCUUACAAAAGCUUGUGCACGACGAGUCACGGCAGUGAUUAUGGAUGAGAUUGGAGAUAGGAACUUCUCUGUGCUUAUUGAUGAGUCUCGAGAUAUAUCAAUAAAGGAGCAAAUGGCUGUGAUCUUGAGGUUUGUGAAUGAUCAAGGAAAGGUUAUGGAGAGGUUUCUUGGACUUCAACAUGUCAACAGAUGUACAGCUGUUGCAUUGAAAGAAGCUUUGGUUAGUAUGCUUUCCUGUCAUAAGUUAACCAUUUCUAGGCUUCGAGGGUAG